AUGGCCGAGUUCAAGCUCAAGGGCGUCACGUCGCUGGCGCUCAAGGUGGGUGAGAAGCAAGAGGUCGAGGUCGAGGGCCUCGAUGCCAAGGUGCUGCUGGUGAAUGCUGCCGGCACGAUCCAGGCCAUCGGCCCCAAGUGCACGCACUACGGCGCGCCUCUGGCCAAGGGCGUGCUGACGGCCAACGGCCGCAUCACCUGUCCAUGGCACGGAGCCUGCUUCAAUGCCAAGACCGGAGACGUAGAGGACGCCCCGGCGCUGGACUAUCUGCCGACCUUCCAGGUGGCCGAGCGUGACGGGGCCGUGUACGUGACUGGCGACAAGGUGGCCAUCCAGUCGGGGCGGCGAAAGCCAACGAUCCGGCGGCUGGUGACCAAGACGGCAGCCGACGACGAAAAGGUCGUCAUUGUGGGAGGCGGCUCGGGUGCCAUUGGCGCUCUGGAGGCGCUGCGCGAAAAGGGCUUUUCCGGCAGCAUCACCAUGAUCUCGUCCGAGGGCUACCUGCCCAUCGACCGGCCCAAGCUGUCCAAGGCCCUGCUGACAGACCCGGCGAAGCUGCAGCUGCGCGAUCAGGCCUGGUAUGAUGCCGGAGCCGUGACCGUGGUGGCUGACGAGGUGACGAGUAUCGACUUUGGCGCCAAGACAGUGGCCACGAAGCAGGCCAGCAGCACGCCGACGCCCUACACGACGCUGAUUCUGGCCACUGGCGGCACCGCGCGCCGGCUACCGCUCGACGGCUUCAAGACGCUCGGCAACAUCUUCACGCUGCGCAAUGUGCACGACGUGCAGAAAAUCGUCGGCGUGCUGGACGGCGGCGACCGGAAGAAGAAGAACGUCGUCGUCAUCGGCUCGUCCUUUAUCGGCAUGGAGGUGGCCAACGCCACGGCUAAGAAUCACGCCGUGGCCGUGGUCGGCAUGGAGGCCGUGCCUCUGGAGCGCGUGCUGGGCUCGCAAGUUGGCAAGGCAGCCCAAACUGGGCUCGAGAAGAGCGGUGUGUCCUUUUACCUGUCCGCGUCGGUCGACCGGGCGGAAGCGUCUGCGACCGAACCCGACAAGGUCGGCGCCGUGCUGCUCAAGGAUGGAACGCGUCUCGAGGCCGACGUGGUCGUGCUGGGCGUCGGCGUGUCCCCGGCCACCGAGUAUCUGCGCGACAACAGCGCUGUCAGCCUGCGACCCGACGGCUCCGUCGAGACGGACGAGUCCUUUGCCGUCGUCGGCCUCAAGGACGUCUAUGCUGUCGGCGACAUCGCCUCGUUUCCCUACUACGGCCCCGCGGCCGAGGGAAAGCUGGUGCGUAUCGAGCACUGGAACGUUGCCCAGAAGGCCGGACGCAUCGCUGCUGAGCAUAUUGUCCGCCGGACCGCCAAGGCGAAAAAGUCGGGCUCUUUCUUCACGCCCGUCUUCUGGUCGGCCCUCUCGGCCCAGCUGCGCUACUGCGGCAACACCGCCGCUUCCGGCUGGGACGACCUCGUGCUGCAGGGCAGCCUCGAUGACGGCGCCUGGGCUGCCUUUUACACCAAGGGUGAGACCGUCGUCGCUGUCGCCACCAUGGGCAAGGACCCCGUCAUGGUCCAGAGCGCUGAGCUGAUCAACGUCGGCAAGAUGCCGUCCAAGAGCCAGCUUGCUGCCGGUCUCGACGUCCUCACGCUUGGGUCGCCCUGA